AUGGUUUCAGAUCAAGAGGAAGAUGAAUUCCUCGGAUUUUCAGACGAUGAAGGUGAUGGUUCCAGCACGGAUUCUGACUCGGGGGACGAAGGAGUUGCUGUUGAAACUGAUGCAGUGCCCUUAAAUGCUCAUCAAUACGGGGACAUGGAGCAAUUUCAGCAAGUACCAGAUUUAAAUGAACUGGCACAAGACUUUCCAAAUGAAGAUGAGACAGCAUCAGCAAAUUCAGCAAACUCACAGGUUGUUCCAUAUUUAUUUGAUUUAAACACCCCUCAAAUAGAUGAGUCAGAAACACCUCCAUACCAUCAAACAUCAACUCCAAUUAACAUUGUUCAUCAUAAGCCGGGGAAGCAAAGGUUAACUGUUGGAUUGAAGUUGGAAAUUUUGAUUUUCCUGCUUCGUAGGAAAAAACCAGGUUUAGAGAAACUCAUUAAGGGGACAAUCACAGAGGCAGCAAUCAAGUAUGAUUACACUCCAAGAACAAUCGGAAAAAUAUGGAACAAGGCUAGGAGACAGCAGGAAGCAAUGCAAACAUAUGAUAUGUCCACCAACUUCCACAAAUGUGGCAGAAAAAGAAAAGAAGUACCAUAUGAACAAAUUGUAGCGAUUGCAAUGGGGGACAGAACAUGUAUUAUAGAUCUUGCAAGGAUGCUUAAUUUGAGCCCGUCAACAGUUUGGAGAAUAAUCAAGAGAAAGGUGUUAAAGGCUCACUCAAGUCCCUUAUGUCCCGGCAUUUCAGAAACUUGCAAGAUGACAAGAAUGAGAUGGGUACUUAGAUUAAUUAUGGAUUACUCAAUACCACAUGACCCAACAUAUUAUGGCAUGUUUGACUUCGUUCACAUAGAUGAAAAAUGCAGUGGCAAGGCCAAGAUGGGUGAUGAUGGGAAUUGUGAGUUUGAUGGAAAAUUGGGUAUUUUUCCAUUCACAAAUUCAGUUGCAGCUAAAAGAACAUCAAAGAACAGAGUGAAGGGGACACUAGAAACCAAGCCAGUGAAGUCAGUGAAUCAAAUAGCAACAAGGGCCAUGAUGAUCAACAUGUUAAUUCCAGCAAUCAAAGAGAAAUGGCCACCUCAUGUCGGGGAAAAGGUGAUAUACAUAAUUCAAGACAACGCAAAAGCACACAUAUUGCAAUCUGAUCCAGAGUGGCAACAACACUACAAACAAGAUGGGUUUACUUUUGUAUUAACUCAACAACCAGCAAACAGUCCAGAUUGUAACAUAUUGGAUUUGGGAUUUUUUAGGUCAAUACAAUCACUCAUGCAUAAGAAAAUGCCAAAGACAGUGGAAGAUUUAAGUGGAGCAGUGAUUGACGCUUACAAAGAACUUCAUCCAAAGACAUUGUCUAAUGUGUGGAUGACACUCCAAUAUGUGGGAAAUGAAAUUCUAAAACACAAGGGAGACAAUAACUACCAACUUCCACACAACAAGAAAAAAAUUUUAGAGGAUGAAGGCAAUCUACCAGAACAAGUGAAGGCACCAAUAUGGGCAGUGAAUGAGUGCACACAACUCUAUGAUGAAUGGAAAGCAAAUCAAUGA